UCACUUCCAUUACCAGUCAGAUCUUGCACGCGAGACCCGCGCACGUCGCCAAAGUGUUCGCCUCAACAUUCCGACGGGCAUCUCCUAGGUUCUUAUCCUUAUUCUCUGUGCCUGUUGCAGCUGCUGCAUCGCACAAUCAGCGCGUGACACCCACUGCGGCUUCGAGUUUGUCAGCCACACCAAAAGUAGAUUCGCGAAGGAUGCAUUCAAAGGUCGUCAGUGACUCAGGGCCUGCAGGCCACACCGCAGCCAUCUAUGCGGCGCGCGCCGACCUGAAGCCCGUCAUGUACGAGGGUUUCAUGGCUCUUGGUAUCGCAGCUGGUGGUCAAUUGACCACCACAGAUGAAGUCGAGAACUUUCCCGGUUUCCUGAAGAUCGGAGGUGGAAAGCUCAUGGAACACAUGCGCGAACAGUCAGAAGCAUGCGGAACCGAGAUCAUCUCCCAGACCGUUGCGAAGGUCGACCUCAAAUCGCGCCCAUUCAAAUACUGGUUGCAUCCCAUGGGCGAUGAUGAGGAGAUUGAAGAGGAGGAGCACACUGCCGAUUCCCUCAUCAUUGCGACUGGCGCAAAGGCGAGGAGAUUGGAUCUGCCUGGAGAAGAGCAAUACUGGGGCUUUGGUGUAUCGGCCUGCGCAGUCUGUGACGGCUCGCUGCCCAUGUUCCGCGACCAGCCCCUGGUCGUCAUCGGAGGUGGUGACUCUGCAGUCGAGGAGGCCCUAUACCUCACGAAGAAGGCAAAGAAAGUCACCGUUCUGGUACGGAGAGACAAGCUACGAGCCAGCAGGACAAAUGCGCGCCGCCUCACUACCCACCCGAAGAUUGAGAUCUUGUACAACACCAGCGCAAGCCAGAUCAAGGGCGAGGACAAGAAGAACGGCCUGAUGACUGAACUGGUCGUCAAGAACAACGUCACCAAGGAGGAGCAGACGGUCCCGGCACGAGGACUCUUUUAUGCUGUUGGUCACGACCCAGCGACGGAGAUUUUUAAGGGCCAGCUCGACAUGGACGAGGACGGUUACCUGAUCACUAAGCCCGGCGAGGGCCUGACCAGCGUCGAGGGUGUUUUUGCUGCCGGUGACGUCCAGGAUAAACGAUACCGUCAGGCCAUUACCAGUGCCGGAUCCGGCUGUGUUGCGGCCCUUGAAGCUGAGAAAUGGCUCGCCGAGCAUGACGACAGCGUCGGCAACGAGCUCGAGACAGAGAACCAGGCCGAGAAGUCACAGACCAACGGCGUGGUACCCGAGUACCGCUCCAACCCUCUUUUGUAGAUUCAUCAGUUUUGUCGCAUUACAAGGAUCUAGCAUCAGUGUUUCGUGCAUCGACUAUAUAGAGCUUAGGAAAAGGAAUUGGGAGGGCAUUCGUUGACUGGAGCCCUCACUCAUAGUUUGUCAUAUCCCAAAGCAUGUGGCAUAGACUUGGCUUUUAGGCAUUUGAAGGGUCAGAUAUCAGAUAUCAUUGACUCUCAAGCAAUAGAUAAAUCUAGAUAAUAUAUUUGAUGGGUAUA